AUUUUUUUUGAAAAAAUCCCUGUACUCCCCCUCAGGGAUGAUCUUCUCAAUAAUGACAAUUUUUUCGAUAACUCAGCCAUUUCUUGACGGAUCCUGCUCAUCUUCGAACUCGACCGAGACAAUGUUAAGACUGAACUGUGUAGAAAAUUUCAUCGCUAUUGGACUCUCCUUUCAAAAGUUAUCGUGUUAACGGCCGGACGGACACACUGACCGAUUCUAGAGUGUAUUCACUUUUUGAGUACACAAAAAUGAUGAUACUUAUUGCUCUUCAUCGAUUCACUAUGGUAUCUCUUUAACAGUCGUUUUUUCUCGAAGAUGGACAUACCUAUAGAUAUAAAAUAUAUAUUUCCCUAAAAGAUGGUCAUAUUUGUUUUGACUAACUCUGUGAUUCUAAUUUCUACAGAAGAGUGAACCGUUACAUGGACAGACUGUAAUCCAAGUUUGAUCUUCAAUAAUUUCAUACAAUAAUUAUUUAAAGUGACAAGAGUACAUGAAUUUCAUUUGAUUCGACGUUUCGAUCUUCUAUGAGAUCAUUUUCAAGAAUAACAUAAAAUGUACCAAUAAUAAACACAACCGAGAAAGAUCAUUGAGGCCCAGAUAUACCACGAGAAAAUAUAAUUUCUUGAAUUAUAUAAAAGGCAAAUAUAGUUUAAUACAAUAACAAAGUGGCAAGAGUAUAUAAGUCUACAUAAUUGAAUUGAAUUGAAUCUACGUUUGAAUCGUCUCGACUGGGUUUUGAAAUCUUUAUAUCUGUUGUUGACGUUGAUUUAGAUUGAUCGUGUGAGAUGUUGCAGAUUUUGUAAGUGAUUGUUUUUUGAAGUAAUAGAGGCUCGUGACUAGUGUUCCACUGUAUCUGUUUGACUGUAGUGAUGGUGUAUUUUUCUUUUGUUUUUUCAUUUUGUUGUGGUCGUCUUGUGUAUGUCUUGCUUAUGGCAUGGCGUGUGAGGAAUUGUUUUAAUGAAGGUGGUGUGGUACUCAUUUUUCUGAAUUGGCGGAGGAGGUUGCGUUCGUUUUAGGUUUGCGUUGGGUGAUUUUGUGGUGGCUAUACUUUAUGCAUUUCAUGACUGCUUGUACGGAUGAUGUUUUGGUUUGGGUUUGGGUUAUCUAAGGUUUUUUUAUGUUAACGAUGAUUUUGCUUAUGAUGUGGGCAUAUGUUACAUUGUGGGUUUUCUGUUGGUGUGAGUCACGGUAUAAUUAUUAUGUGUUGUUGCGAGUGUUAUAUUUUUUUUUUGUUUGUAGAAUGGAUUCUUCUGAUUUGCAUAUGAUGUGUAGAAAUGUAUUGUGUACCAGAGUUGGAACCGGACCGGCAGAUCGGCCGGUCUAGAUUUUGUUGAGUUUUUUCAUCUUUGUUUCAAAAAAAAUGACCAUACAAGUGUUUUUUUCUGUAAAUCAGACACUUUUUACUAAGGUCGAAAGCUAUUUCUGUUGACGAACAUGCGUUAAAAUACUCUCUGAAAUCCAAAUUUAUCGUAGUAUACUUUAUCUAUUUUAUCAGCUCACUUUGAUAUCAUGUCAUGUUCUCGAAAAUAUGUCAAAUAAUUAUUUAGCUUUGUGGUUUACCAUAGAUUCAUUCAUAUUUCUUUACUAUUUGUCGCAUAUAUUUAAGCAGAGCAAAUGAAUAAUUAGAAGAAUACAAUGAGUAUGCAAUUUGUGUUUACUAAGUGAAUAUUGAGUGUCUGCUUAACUUAUUUGUGAAGGGGCUAUAUUCAACAAUAUACACAACAUAUGUUCUAGAAUUCAUUCUAGCGAUAUCAUUGAGUAACAUAUAAGAAGAAUAACAAUAAAUAAGUUUCACAGUGUCAUUUGAAUGGUUGAUAGAAAAUGUUCAAUUGUACAAUGACUAUUGUAUGUGCCAAUAAUUAAUGCAGAUCUUAUCCUUAUUCUCUAUGAUGGUGAUCAACGACACCAGAUUUUAACAUUUUGGAAAAAUAAUGAAAGACGAUUACCAGUUUUAUCGAUAAUUGCUGAACGUAUUUUAGUUAUACAAGCUUCAUCAGCUGAAUCAGAAAGACAUUUUUCAGCCGGUGGAGUUAUUGUUAAUGAGAAAAGAGGUUGCUUGAGCGAGAGUUCAGUGGGAUCAUCAAUUGUAUUACGUGAAGCAUAUGUAAAUAAAAUGUGGCCUAAAUGUAAUACUAGUGCUGCGCUUGUAAAUCGCGAUGAUCAAGAACAACAACCAUAA